GAGAAGGAGCUACAGCUGAAGUUUCCUCAUCUUUUGUGAUUCUGUCUCUAUGUACUCUAGUAGUACUGGUAAUACUGCUUGCAAACUGUGUCUCCUGCUGUAAAGAUCCUGAGAUAGAUUUCAAGGAAUUUGAAGAUAACUUUGAUGAUGAAAUAGAUUUUACACCUCCAGCAGAAGAUACUCCAUCUGUUCAGUCUCCAGCAGAAGUGUUUACUCUUUCAGUUCCCAAUAUUGCUUUACCAACUCCCUCCCAGUUUCCAUCUCGUACAGAUGGAUCAAAGUCUCAAGUUGCACGUCAGAGUCUAAACUACAUCCAGGAAAUUGGAAAUGGCUGGUUUGGAAAGGUUCUGCUUGGAGAGAUCUACACAGGCACUAGUGUAGCAAGGGUAAUAGUGAAGGAGUUGAAGGCAAGUGCAGGUCCCAAGGAGCAAGAACAGUUUUUAAGAAAUGGAGAGCCAUAUUAUAUUCUUCAGCAUCCAAAUGUUCUCCAGUGUAUUGGGCAAUGUGUGGAAGCCAUUCCUUAUCUCCUAGUUUUUGAGUUCUGUGACUUGGGUGACCUAAAAACUUAUAUCUGCAAUGAGCAGGAACACAUUAAAGGAGAUUCACAAAUAAUGCUGCUACAGAGAAUGGCGUGUGAGAUUGCUGCUGGACUUGCUGUAAUGCAUAAACAUAAUUUUGUGCAUAGUGACUUGGCCUUACGGAAUUGCUUUCUUACAUCCGAUUUAAAUGUCAAAGUAGGAGAUUAUGGUAUAGGAUUCAGUAGAUAUAAGGAAGAUUAUAUUGAGACAGAUGAGAAGAAACUUGUUCCUCUCCGAUGGACUGCACCUGAGUUAGUAACAAGUUUUCAAGACAGACUGUUAUCAGCAGAGCAAAAUAAAUACAGUAACAUAUGGUCCCUGGGUGUCACGUUAUGGGAGCUGUUUGAGAAUGCUGCUCAGCCUUACUCAGACUUUUCUGACAGGGAAGUCCUAACCCAUGUCAUAAAGGAGAAGCAGGUUAAACUCUUCAAGCCACGUCUGGAGCAGCCAUACUCUGAUAGAUGGUACGAAGUUCUGCAGUUCUGUUGGCUACCGCCAGAAAAGAGACCAACAGCGGAAGAAGUGCAUAGACUUUUAACUUACCUUCGCAUGCAAAGCCAAAGGGACUCAGAGAUUGAUUUUGAACAGCAGUGGAAUGCUCUUAAACCAAACACCUCAAAUAGAGAAACAAAUAAUUCUGCAUUUCCAAUCUUAGAUCACUUCACAGGAGAUAGGCUUGGCCAUGAGAUGGAGGAAGUUCUUACUGUAACUGAAACAAGCCAGGGUCUCAGCUUUGAAUAUAUCUGGGAGGCAGCUAAACAUGAUCAUUUUGAUGAAUGUGGUCAUGUGAAUCCUGAUGAAGCAAUGACAUACACAAGUAUUUUCUUUCCAGUGGAGGUUUUUGAGAGAUCACUUUCAGAGCAAGGGUCAGGAGCACAGGAUGGAAGUGGUCAAGAAGCAUCACUUGCUGUCCCUGGGGUGUUACCUGUGUUUGAUGCACACAAGCUUUCUGUUGGAAAUGACUACUAUAUCCAGUUAGAGGAAAAAGGAAGUGGCUGCAGCAUGAAUUUUGAUAACCAAUCAGUUGUACUAACUACAGAAGUUGAUCAUCAAGAAGCUGUACAAGAAAAAAGCUCUCAUUUCACAGUUCUCAGGGAUCUUGAUGUUGAAGAAUCUAGUACUGACGGGGACUUCUUCCACUACAAUACAGAUCCUAAACAGGAAUUUUUGCCUGCUACUAGUAGUCCAGAAAGUCCUUUCCAGAAUAUCUUUAAUGACAUUGACAGAUCAGAAGAAUUGACAAACAGAAAAAUACUUGGUUUUGCUGAAACAAAUGAUGUUCCUAAAGACUUUAAACCAGCUGUUUUAAACUCAAACACAGAUGCUAGAAAGGCAGUAGGCCUUUCUGAGAAGGAGCAUUCUAGUCAUGCUUCUGAAUACGAAACAGUUUCCUUAUGUGAAAAUAUUUCUAACCAGUCAGACUUGGUAACUUUAGAAGAACUUUCUGAUAACUUCUUAUUUCUUCAAGAGAAAAACUUACUAACAGGAUUGUUGUCUAACAAAACCAGCAGUGAUUUUGGCCAAAAGACAGAUGAUGUUCUAAAAAAUAUAUUAGAAACCUCAAAUAGAAACUCUGUAGAGCCUGAGCCUGUGUUGGCUGAAAAUGCACAGGUCUUUUCUUUAAUACAUGAAAGUCUUAGAACAGUGAAAGAUGAAAACUUUAACCCAGUGACAAUGAAUAAAGAUCCGAAUUCUCAGUCUCAGACUACUGUAGAGAUGCAGGCAUCCUCUAGUCCAUCUGUAGCACAUAAGUCAUGUGAUAAACGUGCAAAUCUUCCUUAUUUGAAGGAUGAGGGAAACCUUUUAAAUGAGGAAGUGAAUGAAGUCGUGUCCUAUGACAUUGAUAUUCUCUGUCAAGAAGAGCUAUCCAAUAAUGCCAAAAAUAAUAAUGUUGGAAACAAUCCAUAUUACGGUGUUGCUGUUGAAACAGAUGAGUGUGAUGCACAAAUAAAACAGGGAAUGCUUUUCAAGUGUGAUGAAAUAGCUUUUAAUAGAGAAAAAUGUAGUGAUCAGGAAGAUAUGAAAAGAAACUUGCAAGAUAAGUCUCCUAUAUUAAAAAAAGAUGAAUGUUUAUUGGAGGAAAAACAAGAAAAAUCAAAUCAUUUUGAGAACUGUAAGGAUGUUCCAGAAGAGGUGACCUUAAUUUCUGUUGCUACUUCGGAUUGUACAAGUCAGGAUAGUCUUUUGGAAGACAGCCCAUCUCCUAUACAAACCAUAGAACAAGCCUUAGAGACACCUGAUUCUUUGGAUUCUUUAGAUGUAAAUGAGGUUUUAGAAUCUUUACAGGCUCAAAGUCCUCAGAAACUUUUGCCACCUGAUAAACCUGCUGACAGUGGCUAUGAAACAGAGAACCUGGAAUCUCCAGAGUGGACUUCCCAUAUCACUGUUGAGGAUGCUUCUACUGUAGAUACUGCUCUAUGUGUUGUCAGCGAGAGCAAUGUCAGUGCUUUACCUUCUAAUCCAGUCAUAAUUAUUUCAGAAGCAGCAGCUUGUUUAGAUGCAGUGAACAGCAAUUUUGAAAUAACCCCAAAGGUUUUUCUGGGUGGAAAUCAAAACUCAUAUAGAGACUCUGCCUAUUUCUCUGAUAAUGAUUCUGAGCCAGAUAAAAAACCAGAAGAGACUGUAAAUCUGUCAAGAGAGACUAUGUGUGUUGUUUCUUUAAAUAGAGGAGAGAAUAAUACCGAAGAGGAUUACAGUUUUGAAGAGAGACAGCAAAAGUGUGAUGUAAGGAAUUACCAGGAUGCCAAUAACCAAAAUGCAAAACUGGAACUAAAUCACAACUUAGAGAUGCAAGAGAUGGAUGUAAGGAUGCAGGCGUGUCCUGAUGAGUGGGCUGAGGCAACUCUGAAUUCCCUGGAAAUAUCGAUAGGAAGUAACCUGAGGGAUGAAAUAAAACUAACUGAGACUUCCCAUAAAACCGUCUCUUGUGUUGGCACUAAUACUUCAGAACUUCUUUCACACAGAGACUUAAAGUCUGUGCAUAACAUACACAGUCCUUUAGAUUUGAGUAACAGUGAGAAGUCCUUCUGUCACAUUGAAGGGCAAAAACUGAAAGAGCCAGAUAUUGAAGGAAAAUACCUCGGCAAACUCGACGUUUCUGGAAUGCUUGAUUUAGAAGAUGGUGAUGAUGCAGAUGAGGAAGAUGAAAACAGUGAUUCUGAGGAUGACAUGAGGACUUUUCAUAUGCAUAGUCUGAGUUCUGACAGUGAAGAUGAAACUGUUCAUGAAGUACCUGAGAUACUUACUGACAAGGAUGAUGGAAAACACCUGAGAAGCUUGUUGAAACUUCCAAAACCUCUCAAUGAAAGGCAACAUGAGCUUUGGAAAAAUGAGAAAAAGGCUGUAACAUUCUUUGAUGAUGUGACGGUCUAUUUGUUUGAUCAGGAAACGCCAACUAAGGAGCUGGGAAACCGUGCAGCAGACUUGAACGGCGAAGGCUCUCACAGCACUCCUGCUCCAUCUUCGAGUUUUAGUUACUUAAACAGAUUUGCAAAUUCAGAAAGCUCGACAGAUGAAGAAGGUGGGGGUUUUGAGUGGGAUGAUGACUUCUCUUCUCCAGAGCCAUCCUUUAUAUCAAAGGCAGCUAAUAGUCUUAUUAGUUCUAAACCACCUCUUCAGUCAUCAAAGUACUUCUCUCCACCUCCACCUUCCCGGACUCUCGAUCAGACCUGGUCACAUUCAUCCCCUUAUUCCAGAUUCUCUAUCUCUCCGGCAAACAUGGCAAGCUUUUCUCUUACGCAUCUUACAGAUUCAGAUAUAGAGCAAGGAGGAAGCAGUGAAGACGGAGAAAAAGAUUAAAUGAAUUAAAAGUUCCUUGGACUACACACAUAAAACACACAGACUUUGUCUGAAACUUUAUCUAAACUCUGGACCCUCCUGGAGUUACACAGGUAAUCAAGAAGUACUAAGAAAUGAAAGUAAACACUGAAAGCAAUGUUAAAUCAGGACAUUAAUUUGAAUGUGUAUUUAACUUUGUAAUGUAUUUUUAAAUCAGUGCAAUUUUGCUUUUCAUUGAAAGAUGAUUCUGCCGCUGUUUUCAAGUACUUGAAGUAUUUUUCAGAUAACUUAAGAAACAAUUAAAGCAAUUACACUACAGUCUGGUUUAUGUAUGAGAUUGUAUAAUAUUCUUUUUAUAUUUUUCAUGUAGUUCAUUAUCUGUUUGAACAUACACCUGUUGUAGAAUUGUGUAUAACUGUCCUGUGCAACAGGUGGCUGUGUUGCUGAAACUGUAUGAAUGAUAGUUGAUCAGUAGUGAGCCAUAUUUAUU